AUGGACGGGGGUAGUAGCAUCAACAUCUUAUAUGUUGGGACCUUUGAUGCUAUGGGCAUCUCACGAUCUAAGCUCUGCACUUCCAUCUUCCCCUUCCUUAGGAUCAUCUUAGGCAUGAGGUCGUACCCUAUGGGGAAUAUUGAGCUGCCAGACACGUUCGGUGACUGCAGCAACUUCCACACCGAGACCCUGAUCUUCGAGGUAGUGGAUUUUGACGGAUCGUAUCACACCAUCCUCGGGCGUCUGUGCUACGCCAAAUUCAUGACGGUCCCCAACUACACCUACGUCAAGCUGAAGAUGCCGGGGCCAAACGGCAUCAUCACGGUCAGCGGCUCCAUCGAGAAGGCGUACGCCUGCGGUCGUGAGCACUUCGAGCUUGCCACCGCCCUCACCAACUCCGUCGAGCUUCAGAAACUUCGUCGGACGGUGACGGAAGGCGCUCCCAACUCCAACGAACCAACUUCGUCCAGCCCCUUCCGCCCGACCAAGGACACCAUGGCGAUCGGCAUCGACCCCAAUGACCCGAUCAAGACCGUGCAGAUCUGGGCCUAG